AUGUCUCAGUACGGUAGCUCCGGCAACUUGAGUAACUACCGCGAUCGUACGUCAAGUCCAGCCUAUUCUUCAUUAGGAAAACACAAGGACGAUUACAAUCGUUUUGAGACGGCACGACAUGCGGCUGCUAAGCGCAAUGAACGCCAGAAGUCCGAGGAGAGUCGGUUCCAGGCUUUCGGUGAUCGUCCUGGAAGUGGAGUUGAAAUGACCACACAUCAUUGGCAAGGGGGAGAGAUUAUAACUGACCCCAGUCAGCUACCUAAGGGGAUAAAGCCGAGGCGGUUGUACUACUCCCCCAUAGGAGACGGAACGGUAGCAGCCGAUGGUAUCGAGCUUAAAAGGCGCCCAGUUGACUUGUCUCCCAGAGUUACCAUCACUCAAUUGACGCACGUUGAUCGUGGGCAAAAGGGUCAUGACGGUGUUAAUGUUUACGAGAAAAGCUGGACGAACACUGUAGGAUCCCAUCUUGGAAGUGAGGGUGGUUAUGGCAGCGAUUUCGGUGGACCGGGAAGUGGUCGCAAUUCAAGAGCAGAUGCUUUGAGUCCGGCUGGCGGAGACAAUUAUGGAAGAGGAACUCAUGGUACAAUACUACUUUGGUUUAUCGUUGAUGAUUCAGAUCCGUGUGCUUGUUUGUUUUCAGUGGCAUCAUCAGUGUUUUCGGAUCCAAUGUAUCGUUUUGACACUAAGACGGGUUAUCUGAUCACAAAUCCCCGUGAAUUAAUUCAUCAAUAUGCAACAACAACACCAGUGGCGGUUAUGGAAGCCAAUGAUAACACGCCUACCACAACUGUUAUUACAAAGCAGAGCCUCUAUCGAAAGACGGAGGAAUCUACAGAAGAGCGAUUCUCACCGUAUGCACCUUAUAAAUGCUCAAACAAUGUCCAGUCACCUAACAAAUUUGUUCGACAACUCAGAGAUGAAACAAUGACCAAUACACAGCGUGAAGCGAACAGUCAUGUCGAACCACUAAACCAACGCGACGCGUACGCAGAUCAAAAGAUCAACGAUAUUCGUUCUAAGACGCACAAUAUCAGAGGUGGACAUGACGACAUCGAAAACUUAACUCGACAACUCGUACAUGAUCUGCAUACUUCUUCCCGAUGUUGA